UGCUGAUACUUUCAGCUUCAAAAGCGACACCUUUCUCACCUAACAGCUGGGCGUUCUGUGGGAUCUAUGUCUCAUGCAGCACAGAAAUCAAGAUGGGAGACCACGGGAGACCUGUCCGCUGGUCCUGGACCGCCGGGUCUCGUCCAGCGUCUCCCUCCAGGUCCUCUUGUAUUGUGGAGUUUGGUUCGAUGUCUUUCUCGUCAUUGUCGAGGUCCUUGCUGGGUGGGCAAAGCUUCGCUGGUGACAUUUGCUGGAUUCGUGGUACCAUCAUGAUAGCUUUGCUUUGUGCGAACUAUGUCCUCUGCCUCUUGCUGGAGCCCUGCCGACUGUACUUGGGUUACGCAGGAAAUCUUGGGGAGAAGGUUCCUGAGCUUUUCCUGUUCGUCUUCCUCUGCCUAGGGUGCAUCGGGAUUCUCGUGGCUGAACUGGCCUUAAGCAGCUACCUGGAGGACUUUCAGCCGGGGAUCUGCAGCUUGGCUGCAAACUUGCCUUGUAUCUUCACAAUUGAGCAGGUUUGCUGGGUGAUCCGCCUUGUCCUCUCGGUCUUUGAGCUGCUCUUGGGCCUGCGAGCCUUGCGCAGGCUGAUCCACGAACAAUCAGCGCGUUUUUUCGUGGCUUUGGAUGAAGGUGCUCCCUUUGAUGACCUCAGUGGCGGACCGUGGGCCGCUGACAGAAGCAGGCCAAAUUUAAAUGGCAGAAGCAAUCUGGAGAGAACUCAGCCAGAUGGUCGAGACGGCGCUUCCAGCCUUGGUCCCCGUGCACAAGUCUACGGGCGACCUGCAUCGCCGCAAAGGUUGCAUGCUGACUGAGAACCCGGCCGCAGGCCCUCGCUGAGGGCCAAGGGGGUCAAGGGUUUUUGUCCGAAAGAAGUCCAAAGAGACUUCAACAGGAUUUGGAAGUUGGACCAAAGAACGUCUAACUGCAUCGGACCAACUGCUUCGAAAGGCACAACUGCAUCG